AUGUCUAGUAAUGAGAGAUUAACUUGGGCGAUAAAGCAUUUGCGCACGCCGUCCUAUUCCCAAACAACAACGAAGAAGUUCCCUGAAGAUCCGGAGUUUGAAAGACCGAUUGGGAAUAAUACGUUCUUCUUAGGGAGGGAAGCCGUUUUGGGCUGCGCUGUCACCAAUCUUGGAAAACAUAAAGUGGGAUGGCUAAGAGCAGAGGACCAGACAGUUCUCACAAUGCACGAGCGUGCAGUCCUAGGAUCACGCUACUCCGUAGGUCUGGAUGCACCUCGAACCUGGCAACUGCGCAUACGACCGCUGAAGGCUGAAGACCGUGGUUGUUACAUGUGCCAGAUCAACACGCAACCCAGUAUGAAGUGGCAGAUUGGAUGUAUUGACGUAUAUGUACCACCCGACAUAAUAAGUGAUGAUACGUCAGGAGACGUAUCAGUUCAAGAACUGGAGAACGCCACCCUGACCUGCAAGGCGACUGGUCACCCACCUCCGAAGAUCACAUGGAGGAGAGAAGAUCAUGAGCCUAUACUCCUGAAGAAACCUUUUUCUAAAGAUUUUGACAAAGUGGAGAGCUACGUGGGCAGCUCUCUGACGCUGUGGCGCGUGGAUCGACGACAGAUGGGCGCGUUUCUUUGCAUAGCUUCCAACGACGUGCCUCCUGCCGUCAGCAAGCGGAUCAUCCUUCUUGUCAAUUUUGCUCCUACCGUAAAAGUGCCAAAUCAACUUCUGGGAGCACCUUUGGGCACCGACGUGAAACUCAAGUGUUAUGUGGAGGCCUAUCCUAAUACUAUCAACUACUGGGUCAAGAACCGAGGAGAGAUGCUUCUUGACGGGCCUAAAUACACAAUACGGGAAGAAAAGUCAUCGUACAAAGUGUCAAUGUGGCUCACCAUCAAACAGUUCUCCCGUGGUGACAUCGGCACCUACAACUGCGUCAGUACGAAUUCGCUGGGAAAGAGUGAAGGCACGCUUAGACUUUAUGAGAUUAAACUUAAUUCGUACGCGGAGGACUUUGGCAAUCAAAUCAGUGUUGCGGGAGGUUUAACGGAAGCUGCAAAGGGCGUGUCGGGCCGAACAAAUUCGCAAAGGACUCUGUUAUCCAUACUGCUUUGUUAUUUAUUAAGUUUGUACAUAUUUUCCUAGUUUAUAUCAAUAAAUGUACAUACUCGUAUUUGUUAUAAAAAAUGCUUUUUGUUUAUUGCAAAAAAUCGUAACUAUAUUACAGGAAAUGAUUCUUGUUUCUCUUGCCUUACAUUAUGGCGAAACUAAAUGGCGAAUGAAUGAAGCGAAUUUUCCAGCUCCACAGUUUCCUCCAGGAGCAGGGCACCUGGGAUAUUUUACAAUGCACUGUUAAUUCCCUUAUCUGGGUCCGCGGACACUUGGGAGUCUACCAGUUAGUUCGUCUUGGUUGGUCAAUGUAUAAAACUAAAUAUAUCCGCAUAAACUGACUUAUAUUGCAGCAUCGAGUAUAUAACCAGAAAUAGAGACGAAAUAUCAUUUAAUUUGUUAU